AUGGUCCAGACGCAGCAUUUCACCACGAGCGACGGCGCCGUCCUGGGCUACCGCAUCCACGCUCCUUUGUCGUCGUCCUCGUCGUCGUCCAGCGCCGUGCCUCUGGUCCUCAUCAACGGCCUCUCGGCAGUCAUGGAGCACUGGUCGCCCCUCGUCGAGUCGCUCGCCGAGUCGCGCAAAGUGCUCAUCUUUGACCACCGCGGCAUCGGCGCAUCGACCGUGCCCGACGACUGGGACCACGACCUCACCAUCGAGAGCAUGGGCCUCGACCUCGUCGCCCUCCUCGCCAGCAUCGGCUGGACCAAAGUCGACCUCCUCGGAUUCAGCAUGGGCGGCCACAUCACCCAGGCGCUCAUCUCUAUCGAGGAGGGCAAGAAGACUAGCGGCGGCGGCGUCGAGGUGAGGGGUGUGGAGAUCCGAAAGGCCGUCCUUACCGCCACCAUGACCAAGCUGCCCCACGGCGACGCCGACCUUCAGGCCAUCCAGAAUGCCGCCGCCAAGAUCAAGGGCAAACAGGAGCGCGACCUCUACAUCACGACCGAGAUGAUGCGGCUGCAGUACCACGCCGACGCGCUGCGGCCAGGCACCGAGCUGUACAAGAAGUUCGAGGAUCGCAUUCAAGUCUCGCUCGGUACCAGGCAACCCGCCGAGAUUAUCGCAUCGCAGUUCUUUGCCAUCCAGGGAUGCGAUGUGCGCAAGCAGCUGCACCGCAUCCCAUCCACUCUCCCCGUCCUCGUCAUCCACGGACACCGCGACAGGAUGGUGUCCUACUCCGAGUCCGACUACAUCGUCAAGGGCAUCCCGCACGCCCGCAGGUUCGUACCACCCCAGGGAUCCGAGUUCGCCCACUUCUGGUACGACUACUUCGACACCCGCACCUGGAGCCGCGCCAUCACUUCUUUCCUCGACGACGACAACGACGCCGCGUCCAGAGCCAGGCUCUAG